CGGAAAUGCCCGAAGUGAAGAAAUCGGAGCGGGAGCCUGACGGAAAAGUUCGAAAGAGACCGGAAAUACCCGAGACGCAGCAUCUGCAUCUCUUGGGUCCUUCGUAGUCACUCCUCCACCGAAGAUCCCAACAUGGCUCCCAAGAAGCCCGAGCCUAAGAAGGAGGCAGCCAAGCCAGCCCCAGCUCCUGCGCCAGCCCCUGCUCCAGCUCCUGAGCCCCCUAAGGAACCUGCCUUUGACCCCAAGAGUGUAAAGAUAGACUUCACCGCCGACCAGAUCGAAGAGUUCAAAGAGGCCUUUUCGUUAUUUGAUCGGACCCCAACGGGAGAGAUGAAGAUCACCUACGGGCAGUGUGGAGAUGUGCUGCGGGCUCUGGGCCAGAACCCCACCAAUGCCGAGGUGCUGCGUGUCCUGGGCAAGCCCAAACCCGAAGAGAUGAACGCCAAGAUGCUGGACUUCGAGACCUUCCUGCCCAUCCUGCAGCACAUCUCCCGCAACAAGGAGCAGGGCACCUACGAGGACUUCGUGGAGGGGCUGCGAGUCUUUGACAAGGAGAGCAACGGCACGGUCAUGGGCGCCGAGCUUCGGCACGUCCUUGCCACCCUGGGAGAGAAGAUGUCGGAGGCUGAAGUGGAGCAGCUGUUAGCUGGGCAAGAGGAUGCCAAUGGCUGCAUCAAUUAUGAAGCCUUUGUCAAGCACAUCAUGUCUGGAUGAAAGAGAUCCCUCCAGGGGCCUGACCCUUGGCCUUAGCCAUCCAGGCUGAGUAAGCAAGAAGCCCGGAGUGACGUGCUGAGAUGGAGUCCUGGACUCACACCGCCCACAGCCCAGGGGCUCCCAGGACCUCAGUUCUCCUGUAAAUAAACAGCUCUGGCAAGGCGGGGCUGAGUUCCCUGA